UUCAUCAAAUUAUAUCAUUAUAUUGCUCUUUUUGUCAAUUAAAUAGUUUAUUUUUGUGCACACAUCCAAUAAAUGUUUUGAGUUAAUAGUAAAAGUGGUCUUACCCAGAAUGAGAUUUACCCAGUUGCUACAAUUCAAGUUGUAAACAUAAGAUAAUAAACCUUAAUAUUUGGGAUUUUCAAUGAAUAUAAUUUACUUUAUUUUGUUCUUCUAACAUUUACAAUUGAAUUGUUUUUUAUUCACUUGAAACAAGUGUAAAUGAUUAUUUGUUAUAUUCACUAUGAGUGCUAAUUCCAAAACAAAAAAGCGUAUAAUUCCAACAAUUUACACCUACGAUGUGGAUGACUAUGAUGAUACUGAGGAAAUGAGAUAUGAAUUGAAAACUUCUCAUUGUGGUAUAGUUAAUGCUUAUGUCCAAGGAGAUCUUAGUCAAGUUACUCUUACAACUCCAGUUUUUUUAACAAUCCAUGAUGUAGGAACUAAUCAUACGGAAUUUCAUAAAUUGGUUGAACAUUCAUGCAUGGGAAAGUUGAAAGCUCGCUCAGUUUGGAUUCACAUUGAAGUACCGGGUCAAGAAUUUGAUGCUCCAGAUUUACCAGAUAGUUUCCCAUUCCCUUCGAUGCAAGAUCUAAGUGAAGAUAUUCCAGCGAUUCUUGAUUUUUUCAAGAUGAAAUAUUGUGUUGGUAUUGGUGAAGGCGCUGGAGCCAACGUGAUCGCUCGUUUCGCUAUGGAUAAUCCAGAUCGUAUCCUUGGAGUGGUUCUCAUUCAUUGUAGGCCAACGGCUGCUGAUAAUAAGGAAAACAGGCAAACAGUGGGUAAAAAGUUUUUGAGAAAGCAACUCCAACGUCGUAUCAAUGCUAAGAAUGUUAAACGUUACCAGGAUGCUUAUUUAAGUCGAACCGAUAUUUCAAGCCAAUUAAAGGAUAAACUGAAAGUUGAUGCUCUUGUGGUUACUGGAAGUCGAUCUCAACUUGUUCAAGCAGCAAAUCAACUUCAAUCCCUUUUGGACCCAAAGUUGACUACAAUUGUUAAAAUUGACGAUUGCUCUGAUAUAUUUACUGAAUCUCCUGAAACAUUUGCUUAUAAUCUUUUACUCUUUUGCCAAGGACUUGGAUUAUUCAGUGCACUUCCAAUGUCACGCCAUGGAUCAAUUUGUGUCUAACCAAGCUACGUAAAUGGUCAAGAAUAAAAGACGAUCCUAAGCCAAAGAAAGCCUAGUCAUAAGGAACAAAAAAGCAAAUGGAUUGGCGGACGUUUCAUUUUCAAUUUUUUUAAUAUAACAUAUUUCUUGUUAAAACUAACCGAAGUUUCACUUUCCUCUUUUACAAGUGAAACAAAUUUCGAUAAAAAAUCUUUCAUUUCAAUGGCAUUUCCAGUUUCUUUGGCCUCUCCAUGAUAGUCAAGUUAAUCCGUGUUAUUGCAGCAAAUAACCAAUGUGUAAAGACUCAAGUUUUAAAGACUAAAGUUUUCAAGCCAAUAAUGUUUGGAUAUCAAGACUGAAGCUGAACAAACAACAAAAAACUCCAACAUGAGGGAAAAGGUGCAAAAAAAGAGUGUAACUAAAGGCAAAACAAUAACACCAGUAAAGAACAGCAAUAUUCGAGUUUUCUGUUUGUUUUCGAAGUUUCCAGGAUUGAAUUGAUCUUGUUCCUGUUGCAUGAUUUAUCGACUCAAGAGGUAAUAGAAAAGGAAAAUGAUGAAGGCCAAGAAUGAUGAAGAUGGCAACAAAGUAAAGAGCAAAGGCUGACAAAGUCAUCUCUUAAGUAAUGUACUGUUGAAAUGACAGACAAAUAAGGGUUACACUGUGAACUGGCCAAAUUGCCAAAAGACAAAGUUGCCAAAAUUUGGAAUGAAAAAAUAAGGAGGAAAACAAAAGAAGUAAAAGGCAGAAAAUGAGAAAAGCUGAAACAUUGAAAAGAGUGCACUUUUCUGUUUUGUUUUAGCUUCAAAUUAUUUCUCAUUACCAGAAAACAACAACAACAACAACAAGAUGAAGAUGUUUUUCACUCACUCAUUCAUCAUCCAUAAUCUUCCAUAAUCUUCCGUCAUCAUCAUUAUAAUCAUAAUAAUAAUAAUAAUAAUAAUCUUACCCAACCAGACAAACAAACAAAGUGUAGGUUGAAAUGGUUUUCAAUAAUAUUGUUGUCUGUGGGUGACAUGAAGACUCUUUAGACCCGCAACUUCUUUCCCUCUUUUCACCCACUUUUACCCACUUUUUCCACUCUAAUCACAUCAAAGCUUUAACUAAAGCCAUUUAAAACACAUCAAUACACAAAUAUACUAAACAAGCAAACCACCAGACAGAUAAACAAUUGAUUACCCAAAAAACCCAAAGCAUUCAAGUUUAAUUUUUGUAUUUCCUCUCAAUCAUUUGAUUUAUUUUCAUUCCCUCUACGCCGUAUCUUCCCAAGCAACUUUUACCUUCCCUUAUCAUCAUCAUUCUCAUCAUGUUACAUGAUACUGACUUAACAUUGAUGUUUACAUGCAAAGAAGAGAGUAAACCCAAAGAUUGUCACAUGUAAAAGAAGCGAUUAAUUUCAAAAACUCGGAACCAUUUUUCGUCUCCAUUUCAAUUAAUCUCUCAAUAAUGGUGACAUUGAAAAUUGUUUCCUCAAAUAAGUCAUUCUAAUCACUUUACUUAAUGAUUCAAUUUCAUAUGUUGAUUAAUCAACACUUGAAUUGAAGUGUUGACUUUUCAAUAUUUGCCAUUUCAACUGAAAUCUGAAUUAAAUUAAGACUCAACAUAAUAAUAAAAAAGAAAGAAAUUGAAUCCUAAAAACUCAACCUUACCUUUGAACAAAAUUGUACAAAAAACACCAGCAACUUGCCUCUUUCAAUGUAUUAAAAUAAUGCCAACUGUA